CUGUGACUCUUGUGAAUGGUACUGCUCAGAACCUGGGUGUCAGAUACCUGUGGAGGCCCCGCCUCCAGCUUUUUGUCAUCUAAUGGCUGCUGUGCUUAUUUACUGAUCAGCCUGUGCUUGUCCGCUUCCCUUCCACCAGUUGCGGUACAGACAGUCUACGUGCAGCAGCCCAUUUCCUUUUUCGACCGCCCAAUCCAGAUGUGUUGUCCUUCCUGCAAUAAGAUGAUUGUGACUCAGCUGUCCUACAACGCCGGCGCCCUGACCUGGCUGUCCUGCGGGAGCCUGUGCCUCCUGGGGUGCGCAGCAGGCUGCUGCUUCAUCCCUUUCUGCGUGGACGCCCUGCAGGACGUGGACCACUACUGUCCCAACUGCAAAGCUCUUCUGGGCACCUACAAGCGUUUGUAGGACUCAACCAGACCUGGAGGGAGCCAUGUGCUGCAGGAAGUCCUUUCCGACUCCCACCCACCCCCAGUGGAGGGCACACCCUGGGCUCAUCUCUCCAGGGACUCCACCUUUGUGUCUUUUUUGGGGGGAAAUGUCACAAAAGUAACACACCUCCAAACCCCAGAAACUGCUGCUUGGAGUCAUGUGCAGGACAUGCAGAGAUGUCACCUCGAGUGCUGGGUCAAAGUUUCUCACGUAUCUGUGAUCCUAAAUCAUUCCACCUAACUGUGAUUGUUGCCCUGUCUGAAUAUCUUUUGGUGAUUUGCCAUGAGCCAGCGUCUUUUCUUGCCUCGGUGGGCCUUUCUUGAUAGUGGUCUCAAACUGAGAAGACACAGGUUGCCUUAUUUUUGAGACUGUUCUGGCCCGAAGACGGCCGAACGAGCCUUUAGUGCCUCCCAUCACGUCCAUCUGUUCCGACUUCUGAUGGCGAAAAUCUUGCCUUAUAGACUAAGGGCUUGGUUCUAAGAUUCUGUAACUGCAGGCUUUUCAUUAGCACACAAACUCACUUUAAUGUCUUAAUUCAUUUUUAAGUAUAAGGAGAGGCUAUUCACACCCACCAGGUACAUAUCCAUGAGUUCAUAAAUGCAUGCUCAGAAUACGGGGCUGGAUCUUACUAUCCAUCUACCUUCCCUCAGGUGUUUGUACCAGAUCCUUAGCCACAUUCCACAGAGAGCUUCUUUCUUGUAGAGGAAUAUUUGUAUUAACAGUCUUAUGACCUCCUUUGGGUCUUAAACACCUUUAAACAUAAUUUAGAAAGGAGGGAUUUAUAGAAGCAUUUUUCUCAGCCAUAUAGCUGGUAUUAUUUUCCCAUUUGCCAAUGUAGUCCCGCAUCUUCACUUAACAGAAAAAUUAAUGGAUAAUUUCAUCUACUGCCUUUAUUCGGGUUUAGGGUGGUUCUUAAAAACUUCAAUCCCGGAACUCUCAAAAUAGGGCCCCUUUUGGGUUCCUGGUGGUGUGUUUGGGAAGACAAAGGAAAGAUGUCUGAGCACGUCCAGGUCACCAUGCUGCUGCAAAGCGUGGAGACCUGAGUGUUUCAAAGGCAUCGAAAGUAUGAUUUUAUUUUUCGGAAAUACAGUUUGUUUUAUAACAUCAGAAGACUUGAUCUCUAGGACGAAAGCAGCAAGCCAGAGUUCUCUGUCAGGUGCUGUAUCAUUCUGAAAUCAAGACAAGGUCGAACUCGACUUUCAAGAAUCCCUGUGUUGGUAAUAGCUAGACACAAGGAAUGCAUGUGAAUAAUAUUUAGAAAUCAAGCCUAGACCUUGAAUGAAAAUCUGUAUAUUGGUUGAACAUUAUAAUCACCAAUUCAGCUUAUUCGCUUGAUAGUUUGAAAGUUCCAGUAAUUAUUCUUGCAGUGAGUAUGAAUAGUACUUUGGUGUUAUCUGCUUUGAAAAAAAUAAAAGUCUUUGGUUCGCUCGGUGAACUAUUUAUCAAUUCUUAAA